UCUUGUUGUCUCUGUAUGAAUACAUUAAUCGUAGUACUCGUGGAAACUUUAGCAGUCUUUUUACAAUUUUCCGCCGACUUCCCAUUCACAUAUGGGAAAGGAAAGAAGCCUCUAUUCCUUCUUGAGCAGAAAUCAAACCAUCAAGCAUCCACUAAAGACAGUGAAACUUUCCUGUAUUCAUUUCACUCUGAAACCUGAAUGAAAAUCCGAAAGCUUUUUGCUAAAAGAGUUUGUCUUUAUGAUGUUACACACGAGUUUUGUUAUGCCCAGCAAGACUUUGUAACAAAAAGAGGGGAACUUUCUAUCAAAAAAAGAAGAAUACAUUGUUUUUUUCAGCUUCACAGGUCUGCUUGUUCAGGAAAAAUGAUGGUACAGUACAAUACAGCUUUUUUUUUUUUUUUUGGUUUUUCCAACCCUUUUCUGCAUUUUGCUUCUUGCAUUUGUUUUUCCUUUCAUCUGGGAUUCUUUUGUUCCUUAUGCCUCUGUUUCAUGUCAUUUUCAGGGAGGGCCAAUGGGAGUUUUUUUCUUCUUGUUUUAUUUUGGGGUAUUUUUUUUGAAUGAUGGGAUGUAAUAGAGGAAGACAUGAAUCUACUUUAAUAAAGACAGUGAGAAUCAGGGAUUUGAUUCAUGGGUUUUGUUUGACUAGUUCUUUGCUUCCAUGGGCUGGGAAUCCAAAGUGGUUCAAAAUUGACAGAAUAUAAAAGAAAUUCAAAAGGACUUGGUCACAUGUUUGACCUGAAACUUUUUUUCUUGCUGGUCAUAGAAAGAAAAAAAAAUGGUUCCUUUCAUCACUCUAAAGAUUACAACUUUAAUACACCCUUUUUCAUUUCUUCACAUGAUUUCUGCUCAUCAAUGAAACCACAGCUGGGGUUUCUUCCUUUGGUGGUUUAGAACUCAGCAGAUAUCAUUAUCAGAUUAUAUGUUUGGGUGGUUUUUAUUGAUAAUCUUCUCUGGAUUUUUCAAUGCUUCACAGAUCAUUGUUUCUAACUGUGGCGGUGGUGAGAGUUUUUGAUCACUUCCUAUGGCUUAUGUUAACUCCAAAUCAGUAAGGUAUGCCUUAAAAAUCUCAUCCACGUUAUUUUCACUUCAGAAUUUUUCAAUUUGCUCUCCUAGUGUUCCUAGUUGCUAUGUUGUUGUUGUAUUUAUAUGCUGUUAGUACACAUUAUUGGUAAGUCUCAUGUUGCGGUUGAGCAUGUUAGUCUAAUUUAGCAUAAUGACUAUCAGAUUCCAGGAAGACUCUCAGUUGGCUAGAUACACAAGUGUCUAUGAUGAUGCUGGGGUUAAGGUGAAAUAUAUGAUUAAUGGAGCACCAUUUCAAGAGAGAAGCUCUAGAAGAGGGGAAAAUGAGACUGGAAGGAGUGGAAAAUCCUUGAAAGCUAAAGUUCUGUCUCGAGUUUUUUCAGAGGAUUAUGAAAGGGUUAAGAAAAAGAUAUUAGAUCCUCGUGGACCUGCAAUUAGGAGAUGGAACAAGAUAUUUUUGGUUGCUUGUUUAGUUUCUUUGUUUGUGGACCCUUUGUUCUUUUACUUGCCAAGGGUCCAAGAAAAUGUUUGCAUUGAAAUUGGAAAACCCCUUGAAAUUGCCCUUACAGUGAUAAGAUCAAUAGCAGAUAUCUUUUACAUGGUUCAGAUUUUUGUUCGAUUUCAUACGGCCUAUGUUGCUCCUUCGUCUCGCGUUUUUGGGAGAGGGGAGCUUGUUAUAGAUCCUUCAAAGAUAGCGAUAAGGUACUUCUGGAAAGGUUUCUGGCUUGAUGUCAUUGCUGCUUUGCCCCUUCCUCAGGUGCUAAUCUGGGCAGUUAUUCCUAAUUUAGAUGGUUCAACAAUGACAAACACUAAGAAUGUUCUUAGAUUCAUUCUUAUUUUUCAGUACCUCCCAAGACUAUACCUUAUAUUCCCAUUGUCAUCACAAAUAGUUAAGGCUACUGGAGUUGUCACCGAAACAGCUUGGGCUGGAGCAGCUUACAAUUUGAUGCUCUACAUGUUAGCAAGCCAUGUUUUAGGAGCUUGCUGGUAUCUUCUCUCUGUUGAGAGACAAGAAGCCUGUUGGAGACAUACUUGCAAUCAAGAGUUUGCAACUUGUCAUUAUCAUUAUAUGGAUUGCAAGGGGCUUGCGGCACCAGGCAGAGAUGCCUGGUUCAGAACGAGCAAUAUCACUACCCAAUGUGAUCCGAACAAUGAUGCCUAUCCAUUUGGGAUUUAUGGCGAUGCUGUUACAUUUGCUGUUACUUCUGCAAAGUUCUUCAACAAGUACUUCUACUGCCUUUGGUGGGGCUUGAAGAAUCUUAGUUCUCUUGGACAAAAUCUUUCCACAAGCACUUAUGUUGGAGAAAUAAUGUUUGCUAUCAUCAUCGCGACCCUUGGCCUAAUCCUAUUUGCACUACUUAUUGGUAACAUGCAAACAUACCUCCAAUCAACGACAGUAAGAUUAGAGGAAUGGAGGAUCAGAAGAACUGAUACAGAGCAAUGGAUGCAUCAUCGGCAGCUACCUCAACAAUUGAGACAGUCGGUCAGAAAGUAUGAUCAGUACAAAUGGAUUGCUACAAGAGGAGUUGAUGAGGAGGCUCUUCUCAAAGGACUUCCUCUUGAUCUUCGAAGAGAUAUCAAACGCCACCUUUGCUAUGAUCUAGUUCGACGAGUGCCAUUGUUUGAUCAAAUGGACGAAAGAAUGAUAGAUGCAAUAUGCGAGCGGCUUAAACCAGCUCUAUGCACUCAAGGGACUUGUCUAGUACGUGAGGGCGAUCCAGUGAAUGAAAUGCUAUUCAUAAUCCGAGGGAACCUUGAUUCUUACACCACAAAUGGUGGCCGGACGGGUUUCUUCAACUCGUGUCGCAUUGGUCCUGGCGAUUUCUGUGGCGAAGAACUACUAACAUGGGCGCUUGAUCCUCGUCCAAGUAUCAUCCUUCCAUCAUCCACGCGCACGGUGAAAGCCAUCUCCGAAGUAGAGGCAUUUGCACUCAUAGCAGAGGACUUGAAAUUUGUUGCAGGCCAAUUCCGAAGACUACACAGUAAACAACUCAGGCACAAGUUCAGAUUCUAUUCGCACCAAUGGCGAACGUGGGCGGCGUGUUUUAUACAAGCGGCAUGGCGCCGGCAUAAGAAACGCAGGAGCGCAGCCGAAUUGAGGGCAUUGGAGAGCCUCACAUCAGAGACGGAAUCAUCAAACGGGCAAUCAGACAGUGAUGCAUCUCCACCGAAUCCGGGUUUUUCGGUUUACGCAGCAAGAUUGGCAGCCAGCAGAAGAGGAGGAGGACUUCACACUGGAUCAGAUUCUUCUAGUAAAGUUAGUGGCUUGCAGAAGCCGGCAGAACCUGAUUUUUCUGUAGAUGAGGAAUGAGGUUUAACAUCAAAGAGGACAAAGUUUCCAAGCUGUGUAUGUCAGUAUGUGUAUCUUAAAUCAAUGUUCAGGUUAAUUAUUCUUUUAACACUGAUAAAAUAUAUAGAAAUCGACACUCAAGAUUAGCAUGAUUUUCUCCAAAUGUAUAUAUUCCCAAGCGACUAGAGUCUAAAACUGAAAGAAAUUUA